GGUGCUGUGAUGCCUCGAUAUUGAUUAACUCCACACCAAAUAAUACAGCUGAGAAGGAUGCAGUUCCAAAUCUAUCACUGGCAGGCUUCGAUGUUAUUGAUGAAAUAAAGACCCAACUGGAGAAUACAUGCCCUGGAGUAGUAUCCUGUGCAGAUAUUAUCACUUUAGCUGCUAGAGACUCGUUCAAUAAAUCAAUGUGGGAGGUGCUAACUGGUAGAAGAGAUGGAAAUAUUUCACGUGCUUCAGAAGCUCUGGCCAACAUACCAUCUCCAUUCUCUAACUUCACCACUCUCACACAAGCUUUUGCCAACAAAACCCUCAAUGUUCAUGAUCUCGUGGUUUUAUCAGGUGCACACACUAUUGGUGUAGGACACUGCAAUUUCUUUAGCAACAGGCUAUACAAUUUCACCGGAAAAGGCGACGCCGAUCCUUCCCUGAACUCCACUUACGCAGCCUUCUUGAGAUCGAAAUGCCGGAGCCUCUCGGACAACACGACCGCGGUAGCUAUGAACCCCAGGAGCGCUCUAACGUUCGACAACCAUUACUUCUCUAACUUGAAGAUUCACCAAGGCCUUUUCCAAUCUGAUGCUGCACUGUUGACUAACAAAGGUGCCAGAAAUGUUGUUGAUGAAAUGUUGAGAUCUGGGAAGUUCUUCACUGAGUUUAGCCAAUCUAUUAAGAGGAUGGGUGCAAUUGGAGUGCUCACAGGAACUGCAGGAGAGAUAAGGAAGAAGUGUAGUGUGGUUUAA